GAAAGAGAAGUCUACCCCCAUUUUACGCAAAUACACUAAGUUUCCUCUGACCUCCUCAUCUGAAAGUUUGGUCACACCUGGCCAGGUCAUAACUGCUCACCUGGAACACGAUGCAUCACCGGAAUUAUUUCGAGGUUGUUUGGUUCCUUUCCACGUUCAGUAAAAGUUGUCCCUUGGGCAAAGGACCAGUUUGUUCCUUCGGUAACUUUCGUAUUUCUGGUUCCAGCUCCUGCCCGUAAGAUACGUGCCAUUUACUCAGUGGCUCUGGUUGUUCAAGGCUACAGGGAACAUGUCCUUCAUGGGUGUGUGCAGUUGUAGAGCCUCUGGUGUUGCAGAGUGUGAUCCUAGCUCAACUCAGGGUUGAGAGCCCCAAAGCACCAUAGUCCUUGAAUUACGUCCACAAUGGGCACCGGAAUAUCCGUCUCUAACCAAAGCCAUUGUUAAAGCGAGUCAUGCCCAAUUUUUACCACCUGGUGUUGUUGUUGUUGUUUUUUUUGAGGGGGGCGCACCGGUCUUAAGCGAACCACUGCACCACAGCUACCGUAGUCCUCGAGUUACGACCGCACUUGACCGCACCCAAAACUUCCUACGGCUAAGCGAGCUAGGUGUUCAAAUGAAUCGUGUCCCAAUUUUGUGACAACUUUCCUUGUGAAGGGAAUCACUGCAGUUGUUUAAUCGAAGUCAACAAGUCGUUAAUCCAGCUUCCCCGUCGACUUUGCCUGUCAGGAGGCUGCAAAAGGGGAUCGCGUGAUUGGCCUCCCCCGGGACACUGCCACCGUUAUAAAUACGAGUCAGUGGCCAAGUGGCUGAAUUUAGCUCACGGGACCACGGGGCUGUUGCUCAUGAUUGUUACUAGGGCAUCCGUCAAAACCCAUUGAAAGAACGCUUGCAAGUUGAACGCGACCUGCAAAUUCUCCACGGCAACCAGGUAGCAUCAAAUUUAUUGCGGUAAAACCUGUUUCAAAGGUAUUUCCUGAUUUCCUCCUCUUUUCAGGUGAGUGUCACCUUCUGCGCCCGAGUUACUGAAAAAGGCAACAGUUUCAUCCCGGCUUCUCAGAGGAUAAUUGUGAUGUUAUGACAGGCGAGGCGUGGAAAAGAAAGCCGGUGGAUUUAGCGAAAGGGAUAAAAGAUUUCCUCACAAAGGUGUCACAAGACUGGUUUUAAAAAGGCUGGCCUGGCGAGAAAAGAUUUUUCAAAUUUGGAGCCGAAGGAAGACAGCCAAGAAACCCGGCGGUUGAGAAUAUCCACAGGCGUUUUGCAGCUACGAAGAACCAUCUGCGGGCUGGGUCUCUGACCUCCGAGUUUUCUGAUUUUGCAAAAUUGGGGGGUGGAUUAUGGCAUCGGUGGCAAUCCAGCUUAUCGUUUUGGUCUUUUUGCUGUUCGUGGCCAAGACAGCAACGGGAAGCAGAGCCUGCAAUCGGAAGUAUUUCGACCAAGACGCGAUGGUCUGCGUUUGUAACAGUACCUAUUGCGACACCCAGGAUCCUGUCGUCCUCCCUUCCUUGGGUCAGUUUGUCAUGUACGAAACCAGCAAAUCCGGGAACCGACUGGAACGCAGGGAAGGUCAUUUCCAGAACAAAACAACCAAUCCAGAUAUUCUUCUGAUUUUGGAAAAGGCCCAGCGGUAUCAAAGGAUAAAAGGGUUUGGCGGUUCCGUCACCGAUGCAGCCUCCAUCAACAUCUUGGCUCUGUCGCCGAACGCCCAGAGAAAUUUACUCCGUUCUUACUACUCGGAGGAAGGGAUCGAGUACAAUCUUGUGCGCAUGCCAAUGGCAAGUUGCGAUUUCUCUAUCCGGCCGUACACGUACGACGAUUUUCCGUACGACUACGAGUUGAAGAAUUUCAGUCUGGUUGCAGAAGACCUCCUAAUGAAAAUCCCCAUCGUGCAUCGGGUCAAGGCUAUGUCGAAGAAGCCCAUCUCCCUUAUGGCCAGUCCAUGGACUGCUCCGAUUUGGAUGAAAAGCAACGAGGACUGGAAAGGGAAAGGUUGGCUGAAAGGGCAGGCAGGAGAUUCCAUCCACAAAACCUGGGCUUACUAUUUUGUCAGGUUUCUUGACGAAUACGCCAAGCAGAAUUUAACCUUCUGGGCUAUCACCGCUCAAAACGAGCCUUCCUCUGGAUUUGUGAAAAAUUAUCCUUUCCAGACUUUGGGAUUCACCGCAGAAUCACAACGCGACUUCAUUGCCCUGGAUCUUGGCCCUGCCCUGGCUCGGAGUUUGCACAAAGAUAUCCGGUUAAUUAUCUUAGAUGACAACCGACUUCAUCUCCCUAAAUGGGCCAAAGUGGUGUUGAGCAGUGAGAGCCAAGCCUAUCGCUACAUUCACGGCAUUGGCCUCCAUUGGUACAUGGAUUUCAUCAGCCCCAUCAAGGGCACCGUAGAAGCCACCCAACGUCUCUUCCCAGACUAUUUUCUGAUUGCCACGGAAGCCUGUGCUGGGUCUUUCUUUUGGGAACAGGAUGUUAUCCUGGGUUCCUGGGACCGAGGGGAGGACUACAGCCAUAGCAUCUUGGAGAACCUGAACCACCACGUGGUCGGAUGGAUCGACUGGAACCUGGCCCUGGAUUUACAAGGGGGACCCAACUGGGUGAAUAACUACGUGGAUAGUCCCAUCAUUGUGGAUACCAGCAGCGACGUCUUCUACAAGCAACCCAUGUUCUACCACCUGGGGCACUUCAGCAAGUUCAUUGUUGAAGGAUCUCAGCGCAUUGGACUGACGGUGGUUAAAAAUGGCGUUAGUUGCAACCUGGAACACGUCGCAGUGCUUCGUCCCGAUGGAUCGGCAGUGGUGGUGGUCCUUAACCGGUCUGCGUUCAAACUCACCUUCGGCAUUUCCGACUCGGUUGGUUUUAUUUCAGCCCAAAUUCCCGCCAACUCCAUCCAGACGUAUCUCUGGCGGCACCAGUAAGGAGGGAGUAUUGUACUGGGUUCCAGUUACAAAUAAAAACAGCCGAGCCACUGGGAUAGUUUACUAACCCUCUUGGGAGCUGAGAUGAUGGUUCAUCCCAAUGGGUUACGUUCUUCUAGGACCUAAACCUUGACAAGAAGCAGAGAUUUGAUGUUUGCUGGGAUGAACAAACCACGAUUCCUGAACUGCCUUAUCGAUAAAUGGUUCAGAUUAACCAAAACCAAGGUGUUUCUUCCGAUUUGCUGGCUGGGAAUUCCCUGGCAAAGACUUUUGGCUUCAGCGCUGUGUGUUGCCCAGUCCUUUGGAAGUGCCCUUCAUUAAGCUUCGAAUCCUGGCUUACAAGCCACAGGGACUGUUUCCCCACAACCGGCCGCCUCCAAGCCAAGUUACAACUUCCGUCUCAUGGAUGACAUGGUCGCUGAGUCCACCUUGUUCCAGAUUCCUAGCUACUUCGUGGUCAGCAUUUCAAAUAAAGUGGUUUGGACCAUCUUUAGCCGGGUUUAUUUUUUUCAUUUUCUGUCUUCAAAUUAUUUGCGGUGUAACUGACAACAUGACACCGAUACUUAACUGAGUUAGAUUUACUAAGAUCUGCCUUUUUCCAGUUUUAGAUUACGUGUCCUACGCAAGGGAGAAUUAAACUACCUUGUGGCUUAUUACUGCUAUUACUAUUAACGGUUCAUUGCGUACUUAGCCAAACUGGAUUUCGCAUUUUUGUGCACCCUCGAGGCCUUUCCAAGGACCUGGGAUAGCCAGAUGUGGACGUUUUGAUGGCGUUAAGAAUCUCCUCGCAGGAUGUCAGCUGUUUCGAGUCGAGCUGCCUUUUUUGUAAUUGACCGAAUAGGGAAUUUUGUCAAUGCCGACGAUGUUCAAUUUUUAUUGUUUCUUAUAGUUCAUCACACAGAUGUUUAGACCGGAUUUGGCAUUCGUAUCCACCUAUCAAGUCCUUCCCAAGCACCUGGGAUAGGCAGAUGUUUUUUUUUUAUUGAAUCAUAUUAAAGAUCGCUGCCAGAUGUCAACUGUUCCCGAAUCAAGCUGCCUUUCGCAAUUGACCGAUGGGGGAUUUUGUCAAUGACGAUGGUGUCCAGUUAUGAUUAUGGUUCGUGGGUACAGUCAGCCAGAUGGAUUUAGACUGGAUUCGGCCAUUUUGUCCAACUGCUGAGCCCUUCCCAAAGAUAAGCAGAUAUUUAAUAAUAUUACAGAUAAUUUUGCAGGAUGUCGUUCAGUUCCGAAUGAAGCUGCCUGUUUGCAAUUGACCGACGGGGGAUUUUGUCAACACCGACGGCGUUCAAGUGGCACUCGAGACAUUUUGGGGAUAUCAUUCUUGGAACUACCUUCCUUUUCUUUUAUUACUCUUCAUAGUUUGCAGACAGACUGUUCUGACCUAGGCUUCCCUAGCAGACAAGAAGCCAAGUCCUUGUCCCGAUAAACCUCUUUUAUUUAAUGUGCAGUGAAUUCCUCUCCAGCAAAGACUUUCAAGAUGGCUCACCAUUACCGACCUUUUUCAGGCAUGGAGAGCGGCCAGACCAAUAUCUUUCAGACGCCGCAAUAAUGCAGUAGUGAACUAAUUGUCUCCUGCAAACUCCACUCCCCUUUCGCUCCUCUUUUAUUCCCUCUGGGAGGGGCCCUUCAUCAUCCACCUGUGGCUUUACUCCUGAGUAGACCCUUGUUCUUUAGCCGUUCCCUUCGUCUGGCAACUCUGUGCAUGUGUGCACACACUGGGAACAGGCUCCAGCUGUUUGUCUGCCUCACUGAUAUCCGACUCCGAAGGCAGCUGAUAACUGUCAGAUGGCCCUGGCCCCCUCUCUGCCUCUGAUGCAGAGCCCUCAUCGGAGCCUUCCCCAGACUCCAGGACUGGCCCAGGUUCCUCCUCAAUCUCCUCACUGUCCAAAUCUGCUGCCGGCCCACAAUAUGGACUCUUUUUGGUCUCCCUUCUCAAGAGAUGGUCUAGGCUCAGCUGCCUGAAAUCAUAACCAACUUUUGUUUCCUUUCUGGAACCAUCAUUCAGAACGUCCUUCCCGGCACGUAGCUUUCAAACUAGGUUUGAAGAUGGACAACUUGCCGUCGGGCGUUUAGCCAACCCAGAUUGAUUGGCUCCAUGACUGCAAAACAACAACAACAACAAAAACAACAACAAUAAAACCCCACUUAACAUCC